AUGGCAUACCCUACCGUCGACAAGCUAGUUACAAACGAGUUUUCCAGAUGUGAUAUGACUUGUGGACAGCGGCGGGCCAUAGAGAGGCGAUCUCUCGCUAUCACAGAGGCUGAAGAUGACAACGAUAUUCGCCGAAAGUACCGCCCAUUCAUUCAGGGCGGCACCCAGGACGAUUGGGUUAGUACCCUGGAACUGACAGGGGUCCUGGAUAUGGCUGAGAAUGAUUUGCGAAUUACAAAUAAGAGGAUUAAAGUUCUCGUACUAUAUGGGAGCCUACGCAGAAGGUCGUACUCACGGCUCGUGGCACUUGAAGCUUGCCGAAUCCUCUUCAGGCUGGGCUGCGAUGUGCGGGUCUUCGAUCCCGAAGGGUUACCGAUAAAGAAUGAUACCGAUCAUACCCAUCCCAAAGUGCAAGAGCUUCGCGAGCUGAGCACAUGGAGUGAUGGACAAGUUUGGGUUUCGCCUGAACAACACGGCAACCUGACCGCCGUUUUUAAGAAUCAGAUCGAUUGGAUACCUCUCAGUACUGGAAGCGUGCGUCCGACUCAAGGCCGGACACUUGCCAUCGCCCAGGUGUGUGGUGGUUCUCAGUCAUUCAAUGCGGUCAAUUCUUUGCGCAUCCUCGGCCGCUGGAUGCGGAUGUUCACAAUCCCAAAUCAGUCCUCAAUUCCCAAGGCAUACACCCAGUUUCCGGAAGAAGGUCAACCGGCGGACCUGAGACUCAUCCCCAGUAGUAACCGGGACCGUCUGGUAGACUGUAUGGAGGAGUUAGUCAAGUAUACAAUCCUGAUGCGCCCUCACAUGGCCCUUUUCGGUGACCGUUUUAGCGAACGGGAGGAGAAAAAAGCGAUCGAGACAAGAAGAACUUUAUAA